UGUUUUUGUAAGCGGAACUGACAGGGAUGGAGUUGCAUUUAACAUUUAGUCAUAUUUUAGUACCAGUUUGUCAUUUAUAGGUUUCUUCAUAUGUACCGCUCAUAAUUGUAAAUUAAGCCGACAACUUAUGUUUAUUGUUUUCUCUUAUAACUAGGAAAUUGCUCUGAGUCAAACGGCGACAAUGGCAGCCGUUAAAAACGUUAAAAGUUGACCGAUUUGAUGGACAGUUGACAGAAAAGGUUUCCUGGUAACCGUGGCCAUGUUACAGACUACUGGCCGCCUGUCCAAAGCGCUACAGCUCACCCUGGCGGUCAUCAAGCCCGAUGCUAUAGCUCAUCCUUUAAUAGCAGAGGCUAUUCACCAGACAAUUCUGGAUAACAACUUCGUAAUUGUCAGAUGCAAAGACCUGGUGUGGAAAAGGCAGGAUUCGGAGAGGUUUUAUGCUGAACAUUCAGAGCGAUUCUUCUAUCAAAGACUUGUAGAAUUCAUGUCAAGUGGUCCGAUGAGAGCCUACGUUUUAGCUCGAGAGGAUGCCAUACGUCACUGGAGGGACCAGAUGGGACCAACCAAAGUCUUUCAAGCCAGAUACACAUCCCCUGCCUGCAUCAGGGCUCGCUUUGGCCUCACAGACACCAGAAACACAACUCAUGGCUCCGAUUCUCCAGAGUCGGCUCAGAGAGAAAUCAGUUUCUUCUUCCCAGAUUUCAAUGUGGAUCAGUGGCUUAAGAAGGAGGAGCCGUUGUUCAGAUCACGACAGAUCCAAUAUGAUCAACAAGAUCAGAUCCACAAACCUUUAACACCAAGCUGACCCUGGAGCAGCUCAGCACUGCCUCCACAGCUUACACUUGAUUGGAUGAGAUGAUGAACUCUGUUUAGAAGCCACACAUGAAGAGUACGCCUGAUUUAUGAAAGUGCCAAAUUGUUAUAAUAAAAAAAGAGGUUGCUAGGAUCAUGUCACUGGUAAUUUUAUGUCAGCAGGGAGGGCCAUUUAAUAACAUUUUUUAAAUAAUUAUUUUUUGCUUAAGUUGUGAAAAUAAUUUUAAGAUGUAACUUCAUGAUCUGUUGUUUUUACUUGAUUUGCAGUACAAAAGAUUCAAGGAUUGAAUUAUUUAACUUUCACAAACCAAAUAAAUCACAUUUUUAUGACUGACAUUUCAGAUGUGUAAAAGCCUCUUUUAAAAGACUAAUAGACUCAUAGACAUAUUCCUUGCAAAAAGCACUCUUUUAUUUUAGGAGCAUUUUUAACUGUAAACGUUCCAGAAAAAGACAACUUUUGGCAAAAGCAUACAUUCAUAUGUCUUUAAAGAGAAAUAGGUCUCACUUCUAGUUCCAGAAACAAAGUUGCUAGAAAAAAUUCCCAGGCAUUUCAGGAUGCAGGCGAUGCGCACUAAUAAAACAGAACUUAAAAAUUAAGAGGGUGUGUGUAGACGCCUUAUAAUAAACACAAGUUAGAAUACAGGGAUACAUUUCAACGUUAUUUUAAAUUGGACACAUGGAUUAGCUGGCGCUUCUACCGAAUCUGCCUUGUAAUCCCUCUUUUUCAAGUCCACGUUACUUAUUCAGUUUCGAGUUCUUGUACGCCAUUUUAUUUCUUUAACAAGAUAAAGCUUAUUUAAAUUUUUGCUCAUUUGCACUUCUCAAACAACCUAAUUUAUUAAAUAUUGACAAUACAUUUUUGGUAAGAAAUUGGACAUCAUAAAUUUUGUUGCUGCAUUCUUGUGCUCAGACUUGUAGUGUUGAGUGUUGAACAAAAGAGGCUGGCCUUAUGUCUGGUGAACAGGUGCUGUCCCAAGAUAGAAGUUAAGAUAAGGCUUGUCAUUCUGUUCCUAAGAUAAGAAUUGGAUUUUUACAUGCAAUUCAAAUCUAGAAAAACUCAAUUUUAAGACAGAUAUUGUAUUUACGUCCAACUCUUCUCGAGUUCAGGAUCUUGAUGUGGCUCUUUGGAACAUUGAAUUGUUUAUGCAUGAGAUAAAAAUAUGCAUGUUUGUUUUUGUCAUCUGGUUGAAACUUACUUGGCAGACAUGUUUGCAGUUCUGCAUGUCUCUCACUGCAUUUUGAAACCUGAUGAACUUGUCCUGGAGAAGAAAAUACCUACUUGUCAAAGA